GCACUUCACUCUAUUAACAAUUUUACCGAAUUGAACUCUUUCUUUAGAGUCCCCAUUUGGUCGUUGAGUAAGGGAGGGAAAUUGAAGUGAGUGAGAAAGAUAACAUGAGUCUCGGUAUCAGCUACUAUGGAGGUCAUGGUCUUCCAUCUUUGAGAAUAUCUAACUGCAAUAUUGACCAAGAUAGCCGUAACAGAAAAUCUGUUGUCCCCAUGAACGCGCACAAGAAAAUUUCCAAGCCUGAGAAUCUUUUACCAUCAAGUUGGAAGGUUGACAGCACCAGCAUAAUGGCCGUGAUAGGUUCCAUCACAGUGGCCAACUUGAUUGCACCAGUUGCUGCGAAGGCUGAAGUGAUUGGUUCCGUUUAUGCUUUGGCUGAUGGAAGCUUGGGUGAUUGGUUUGGAGGCUUGCUAUAUUCAGCCGGACAACAGGCCAAUGUAGCUGUUCAAGAUCAAUUAGGUUCUCUCAGCUUCACCAGUUUAGCAGUAAUUUAUGGGGCGGGGCUUGUUACCAGCCUUUCACCCUGUACACUAAGUGUCUUACCUCUAACUCUUGGUUACAUUGGGGCAUUUGGGUCUGGCAAAAGCAGGGCAGAGGUUAUUGGUGAUUCUGUGGCAUUUUCUUUAGGUCUUGCCACCACAUUAGCACUGUUGGGUGUAGCAGCAUCAUUUGCUGGAAAGGCUUAUGGACAGAUAGGCCAAGGACUACCUUUGGCCGCUUCUGGUCUGGCAAUAGUUAUGGGUCUGAACCUUCUUGAGAUCAUUGAAUUACGGCUUCCCUCAUUUUUUGACAAUUUUGAUCCACGUGCAGCAGCUGCCAAUUUACCAUCAAGUGUGCAAGCAUAUCUAGCUGGGCUUACCUUUGCUCUAGCUGCCUCACCCUGUAGUACACCUGUGCUGGCUACUAUUCUGGGAUAUGUUGCUGCGUCAAAGGAUCCAGUGAUUGGAGGUAGCUUACUUUUGACAUACACAACUGGUUAUGUUUCUCCUUUACUCUUAGCUGCUUCUUUCGCUGGGGCAUUACAGAGCCUGCUUUCAUUUCGCAAGUUCUCAGCAUGGAUCAAUCCUAUGAGUGGAGCACUUCUGUUAGGAGGUGGUCUGUACACUUUCAUGGAUAGGGUAUUCCCAACAACAAUGGUGAUGUAGAAUAAGGAGGAAUAAACAUCUCUUAGGUCGUAAGUUCUCAAUGGAUUUGGAUUGUCUAGAAUUAAAAAUUUACAGGGUCUUUAAAAUAAGAGAGAGAGAAAAGAAAGAAUUGGUUUUAAAAAAAAUGAAAGUAAAAAAAAAAAAAAAAAAAAAGGAAGUAUCCCUAGUCUAUACUUUCUCUGUAACUCUCUUAUUUUAAACACACAUCAGCUUAGGAUUCUGAUACUGUGUUCUUUUACACGAACGAUUCAAUGUAUAUUUGUUCCACAUAUUCAAUAUAUAGAAGUACACGGGACGGAUUAAUGUCACA